AUGACUGUACGAACAAUUUGGACAUUUGUGAUGAUUGGUGGUUUUUUUGCAAUACUUGCAUUAGGCCAUAUAUGGGUGAUCUUGUUAGUGGAGAUUAUUCAAACUUUAGUUUACAAAGAAGUUAUUGCGAUCGCUCAUUUGCCAAGUAAAGAGAAAAAAUUGCCAUGGUUUAAAACAUUGAAUUGGUAUUUUCUAGUUAGUACAAAUUAUUUUCUUUAUGGUGAAUCGAUAAUUCAUUAUUUUAAGGAAGUUGUAUUGGUAGAUGCAUUUUUACUUCCACUUGCAACACACCAUCGAUUCAUAUCAUUUGCUUUAUACUGUACAGGAUUUGUGUUUUUUGUUGCAAAUCUUAAAAGAGGUCAUUAUAAAUUUCAAUUCACCCAAUUUGCAUGGACACAUAUGACACUAUUGAUCGUUGUAUGCCAAAGUCAUUUUAUCGUUAAUAAUAUUUUUGAAGGAUUGAUUUGGUUUGUUUUACCGGUGUCUUUGGUAAUUUGUAACGACAUUUUCGCUUAUAUUUGUGGAUUCUUUUGGGGCAAAACUCAGUUGAUAAAAUUGAGUCCUAAGAAGACAUGGGAAGGUUUUGUUGGAGCAUGGAUCUGUACUCUAAUAUUUGGCUCCUUUUGGGCUUCUUUGUUAAGACGUUGGGAAUAUAUGAUUUGUCCAGUUAAGGAGCUUGGUGUAACGGCAUUUUCUGGAACAUUAACUUGUGAUCCAAAUCCAGUUUUCAUUCCACAAAAUUAUGAUCUUAAUCCUUGGCUGGCUGCACUUUUCAGAAGAUUUCCAUUUACAGAUGUUAGAUCUGUUUGGAUUGCGCCACUCGAAUGGCAUGUUGUUUUUAUGACAUGUUUUGCAUCACUUAUUGCACCAUUUGGUGGAUUUUUUGCUAGCGGAAUUAAAAGAGCAUUCAAGUUGAAGGAUUUUGGUGAUUCAAUUCCUGGACAUGGCGGUUUAACUGAUCGUAUGGAUUGUCAAUUCUUGAUGGGAUUAUUUUCAUAUAUGUAUUAUCAAAGUUUCAUUAAGACAUCAACUGUUGAAGUGGGAACAAUUCUUCAAUCAGCAAUCAAUUCACUUAAACCAAAAGAACAACUUGAAUUAUUUUAUAGUUUACAACAAUAUCUGAUAGGUCAAAAUUUAUUAUCAGAUGAACCAGCUAUAUCAUCUAAUAUAAUCUAA